CGCCAAGUCGCAACGGCGCUCAGAGUAGCAGGUGAGCCAAUCACAUUGGAACUUCGAAACGCUGGGUGAAUGAGUAGCCUUCGCUGCUGACCACUACGAGCGCUAUUAGAACAUGCAACACUGACCGAGACUGAAGAUUCCAAGGGUGAGUCAGCGGAUGAGGACACCGUCGUCGCAGAUCCCAUAGACGAUGAAAUGGCGGACAAAUUGGAACUCAUUGAAGAGCAGAUACUACUUGACCAUGGCAACCUGCCGAUCUCAUGCAUUGUUUGGGGUGUGAGGUCCGGAAAGCCAUUUGUUCUUGUAACAGUGGACCUGCCCCGCGGGAUGCCGGUCGAAUUGCCCAGAGCAAUAUCUGGCAUCGACAUCCUCCUGGAUUACGGAACAAUGGACCUCUUCCAUCCGCAGCAAACAUACAGAGCUCAAGCCGGGCAUAAGCAUCGGAAAAGCAGGGCUGCCAGACACACAACCAUCCGCGGGCUCGUCGGGCCCACUAUUUACUCACAACGGAGUACUACUGUAUAUGGUUGCAGGGCACAGUGUGGGGUUAGAGGGGGACCAGCCUUCUGCAACCUGGGUGCUUUGAUGAACCUGCCGCAGAUUCUUGCGGGUGUCGUUGAACAGUUCUGCUUUGUCGGAACGGCGGAGAAUGGAGAUUUGCUGGACUAUGCCUUCUGCAGAGUCACCCGGAACCCUGCAAACGCAAGCAAUACCCCUUAUCUCAGACACAUCAGGCUUACAAGUUGGAAGACCAGCGUCGGGCGGGAGGACUGGUGGCUAUUAUCCGAAAAGGUCGGCAGGACCACCUUUCACACUCGAGGGAAACAUCAAAGACAGAUGCGGCAAGGGGCGACUCUGGAGCGGCGACAGCGGUAUGCUGUGGGGGAAUCAUCAAAGGGCGAGACAGACCAUCCUGACGUUGUGACGGCCUUCUGUGAUCUACAUCGGUUCGAUACUGGAUCACGCCGAGAAACAUUGGAAAAUGGCGGUUUGAACUUCUGAAUUGACGAUUCGCAACCGAAAGUCUUGCGCGCAAUGCCCAAAGUUGGACGACCACUGGAGCUGGAAGAGAAAGGACGGGCAAGGCCUACUCUUUAGCCCAUUCGGACGCUUGAGGCGGACCGGAUGAAAAGCAGCAAUCAUCACAGUCAUCCUAGCCAUUGAAGUCGCCUAUCUCUUGUCACGGCCGCAGAUGUAACCCAGCUCGACCGCCUUAGAAGUUCUUGCGC